AUGUGUCAGAUUUUUACUUCCGUCGGUGGUACCAUUUUCAUUAUCAUUGAGCAGCUGGCUAUUUGGCUGCUUCCGAUCACCAGUAUGUUGCAAGCGCUCUGGUAUUUUGAACGUCGCUGGAACUUGGCGAAUGGAUUGACGCGAACACCUGUGCUGGAUUUUGCACUACCAAAAUAUCUUCCGCAAUCAGCUAUGUCAAAUAUUGACCUGAUCUCGAGGAUCUACCAACACAGCUCGGCCACCCUGUUGGAAGCACUACAAGAGUGGCUAUUGAGAAAUCGUAUGCCUAUGUUCAGAUGA